UGCUGCUGCAAAUGAAAUGCCAUCUUCAAGUGUUCAAGCUCCACCAUCAGAAGGUACAGAACAUGUGGUCGUAAAUGAUGAUGAUGAUAAUGUACAAGUUGGAUGCAAAAGGAAGCUGAAAUCUGAUGUGUGGCUUGAAUUUGAACAAGUAACAGUUGGGGGUAAAAUGAAAGCUGAAUGCACUUGGUGUAAAAAGCUACUAGUUGGAGAUAGUAGAGCCGGUACUAAUCACUUGCGUGGUCAUCUCAUCGUGAAAGAUGGCAUGACUGUUAUGGAAAAGGGUGUUGAAAGAAUACGUGAUAGUGUUGGGUUUUGGUGUGCCACGCCAAAAAGGCAUGAACGUUUUGAACGGACAGCAAAUCAAAUGAAUAUUAAAUAUGGUAGAAGGAUAACUCUAGAUUGUAAGACAAGAUGGAAUUCAACCUACGUUAUGCUUAGCAUUGCAUUAGAAUACCAAUCAGUUUUUGAUCGACUUGCAAGUAAAGAGAAGCUUUGUGCUCAUUUUAAGCCAACAACAGAUGAUUGGGAGUUUGCUAGGGAGCUUUGUGGUAGGCUGAAAAUAUUUUUUGAUGCAACUGAGCUAUUGUCAGGCACUAGUUAUGUAACAGCUAAUCUUUUUUUCCCCAAAAUUUGUGGAAUUUAUUUGGCCAUUGAUAAAUGGAGAACUAGUGCCAUUCCAAAGGUAGAAGAGAUGUCUGUCUUGAUGAAAGAUAAGUUUAAGAAGUAUUGGACAGAUGUACAUGGGCUUAUGGAAGUAGCCACUGUUUUAGAUCCUAGGUACAAAUUGAAGUUCAUGAAAGCUUUUUAUAGCACCAUUUAUGGGGAAGAAAGUCCAACUACAGACGAUGAAGUGUGUAGAGUCAAAAAUUUGUUGUAUGAGUUGGUGUUAGAAUAUCAAGAAUCUAUGGAGGGCAUGGCAACAACAGAUGCUGUAGGUGCAUCUAGUAGGGGCUGUAGGGCCCCCAACGAAGGAGAUGACUUGAUGUUUGGAAUCUUUGAUAAAUUCUUGUCGGAAGAACCUGAUUGUUCAUCUUUUGUGCGCACUGAGUUGGAUUUAUAUUUGGAGGAGCCAACACUGCCAAGAACUCAAGAGCUAGACAUAAUUAAUUGGUGGCAAUAUGCAGGGAUCAAGUACCCCACUUUGAGAAAGAUUGCUCGAGAUAUCAUGGCAAUUCCAGUCACAACUGUUGCAUCUGAGUCUGUAUUCAGCACUGGGGGAAGAGUAAUAAGCCCACAUCGAAGUAGACUAGCACCAAAAACAGUUGAAGGAUUGAUGUGUAUGCAAGCUUGGUCUCGUGCUAACAUGUUAGGCGAUCAAUCCUGUUUUGUGAAUGCUCUAAUGACAUGUUUGGAGGAUGAAGAAGAAGAAAUGGAUGAAGCAGAUUCUACCAUAGUUGAUUGAAGUUGAAGCUUGACCAAGUGAUUUGUUUGGAGGAUGAAGAAAUGGAUGAAGCAGAUUCUUGUAUUCUACAAUGGUUGAGUGUUGCUGUUGGUGCAAUAUUGAAUUGGUCUCUAUGUGUUAUGUUAUUCCUACCGCUAUUGGCUUGGUGUAUAAUGCAUUAAUGCUGUGGACCUGUGAACUAUUUGUGUUUGACACAUAGGCAUGAACUUAUUCUCAUAUGUAUCAUGUAUUCAUGUUACUGCUGUUAUUAUUGUGAGACUGAUGUAAUCAUGUAAUGAUGCUGGUACCAUUUCAGUUUGAGACAUGAAUUUAUUGUUGCAAUGUUGCUGUUUUGUCUAAGAUUAUUACCUGUGAACUGUUUUUUGCUGCUGGGCCAGUGGGCCUUCACCUGGCGUCAGCCGGUCUGCUGGUCACAGCACGCACACCCGACGGGGACCCGAAACCCACCCGAAACCCGACGGGUGCGGGUGCGGGUGUGGGAUUUCACCCGCGGGUGUGGUCGCGGGCGGGUUUGGGCUUAUUCCGCGGGUGCGGUCGCGGGUGGGUUUUUUCUCCACCCGACCCGAACCCGACCCGUUGCCAUCUCUACCACGAGGGCCACGACCACCACCACCCCCGCCGCCGCCGCGGCAAACUGCUGCUGCCCAACCGCGGGAUGGAGGUGGACGCCACUGCCUUCUGCCCGCCGCCCCAGCCCGCGCCUGCCGCCUCCCCGGCUUCAAAGCCGCCUGCGCCGGUGCUGGGCGCCGGUGGAGCGGUCGCGCCGGUGGCAGGGCACGGCCGCGGCGGAGGGAGGCAGUACCGCGGCGUCCGGAUGCGCAAGUGGGGCAAGUGGGUGGCGGAGAUCCGCGAGCCGAACAAGCGGUCGCGGAUCUGGCUCGGGUCCUACUCCACCGCCGUCGCCGCCGCGUGCGCCUACGACACGGCCGUCUUCUGCCUCCGCGGCCGCUCCGCGCGGCUCAACUUCCCCGACCAGCUCGACGGCGCGGCGGUGGCCGACAACCCCGAGGACGGCGCGGGGCUCACAGCCGCCGCCAUCCGCAAGAAGGCGGCCGAGGUCGGCGCCCGCGUCGACGCGCUCCACUGCGGCGGCGGCACCUCUCCGCAGCCGCUGUCGUUCCAUCGCCGCCGCCCCAAGAACCCCGACCUCAACCGGGAGCCAACCCCGGAAACCUCAGACGACGAGUAAAGCGCGCUGAUUAGGGUAGCUAGCUAGCUAGGCAGGCAGGCAGGCAGGCAGCAGUAGCAAGUAAAGCAAGCAACCAGGUGGCGGCGGCGGGUCCAAACGGAUGAGCGUGGGCGGGUGCAGCGCAAGGUGUUCGGUGGAAUGCGGAUGGGCUCGGAGGUGUCCAAUAAUGGAGCCGCGACGUCGACGUCAGGGCCGGAAGCCGUAGUAAAGUGGAAUAGCGCGCGGGCUGUGCCGUUUGCCCGGAGGCGACGGCUCUAGCAGUAGCAGGAGACAGACGGGUGCGUCCGUGCCUCAGUCAGUGUGUGCGAGCAUGUUGCUCAGCAAGACGGCUAUGUUCAUCUCCCCUUCUCACAUAAAGACGUGUGCAAAGAAAAAAAAAAGAUACUGUACUACCCGGCAAGCAAGAUGGGCAAGAGCUUCCUGAAUCUUUUCCUUGUUAAUUGCUGAUUUUGAUUUGGGUUUUGAAGGCAACAUGUGUUGUGAUCAAAUCUCUGGGCUCUGUUUGAGACGGUGGAAUU